GGCCGUUGGCUGUUAAGCGAGCUGUCAGCGCGCGUACCGGAGGACGGGGCGCGCGGCGCGGCCAGGGGCGGGGCGCGCUCCCGGAAGCCGCGUCCUGAGCCGACUAGCUGUGUUACCGUGUGAUGAUGCCGGCUCGCACCAGCCUGGCGACUGGAAUUCCCAGUAGUAAAGUGAAAUAUUCAAGGCUGUCCAGCACAGAUGAUGGCUACAUUGACCUUCAGUUUAAGAAAAGCCCUCCUAAGAUCCCUUAUAAGGCCAUUGCUCUUGCCACCGUGCUGUUUUUGAUUGGCACCUUUCUUAUAAUCAUAGGCUCUCUCCUGCUAUCGGGCUACAUCAGCAAAGGGGGGGCAGACCGAGCCGUUCCUGUCCUCAUCAUUGGCAUUUUGGUGUUCCUGCCAGGAUUUUACCAUUUGCGCAUCGCCUACUAUGCAUCCAAAGGCUACCGAGGUUACUCCUAUGAUGACAUUCCAGACUUUGAUGACUAGCAUUCACCUCAGCCUAGAGAGGAUCAACAGUGCAUCCACUUUAAGACAUCAGACAGGAACUGUGGCUGAAGGCUGAGGAAGUCUACAAUUUGCAGAUGCUUAGCAAAACAAUGGCCGGAUUGUAUGGCUCCUUUUCCAAAAUGCUCAUGCUUUAUAAUUAGCUAAUUAGGAUCUGUUAUGUUUUCAUCUCCUGGCCCUGGCCAAGCGUGACAAGUUUUUCCACAUGGUUAUGCAUCAUGUAAGAAUGGUAAGGCUAAUUGUCUGGGAGACAGGAUAUUCUAUAGUGGAAAGCAUUGCCCUCCUUGGAGGUGAACCUUUUCUUUGUCUUCAUUGUCUGCUUGUCUUAGGAACAUAUGGAAAAUGGAUUAUGUCUAGUUUCUUAUUACUAAGUAAUUUAUUUUUAAAAUUAACUUAUUUCUCAAACACUCUCCUCUACCUUCACGUCCUGGUAAAAUUAAAAUAUAUAUCUUAUCUCUCAUACUUUCCUCUAACUCCACAUCUGUGGAUGCAUCUGUAAUAGGCUUUUUUUUUUUUUAUUUAUUGAGUUUUUAAAUGGUUUAAAAUUAAAUGGCUUAAAAGUGGAGAUUUUAAGCCACAAAGCUGGGUAUGGUGGCACACACCGCUAACACUUGGGGGCAGAGACAGGUGAGUCUUUGAGUUAAGGCUAGCUCGUCUACAUAGAGAGUUUUAGGACAACCAGGGCUACCUAGGGAGAGCCUGUCUCAAACAAGAAGAAGAAAAGUGAAUUGUGUCUGGUUUUCCACUAGCCUGCCCACCACAAAACUCAGGUGAGUCCUUCGUAGAUGAAAAGAUUGUGUGAAUCAUACCUUAAGGGCUAGACCUUGGCUGUUCUUAGUAAAACUAGAUAAGUGUACUUUAAAAGUUUACAACCCUCUGCUGGCACCUGCUACUAUGAUAUCAUUCUGCUGAAGAUUACAAGACUUGGCCAAGAUCCCUGCAAAUGUAUUCAGUCAAAUCUGGUUUUCAGCUUUCAAAAAGUGGUAUAUGUUUUGUUUGUUUUUUUUUUUUUAAUUAAAGCAUAAUUCAAAUUCUAGACUUAAAACGACUUGACUUGAGGCAUGUUUUAGAACAGCAUUGUAAUGAUUUGGUGUAAUGAGUAAUUCCAGUCCCCAGGACUCCCCUGUUUUUUAGGUAACUGGCUGUGUGAAUCAGACUCUGCUUUCCAGUCAGUUUUUUUCUUUUGAGGUUAUGGACUUGGGCAGCCAGAAGUCUAGGUGUGUCAUCCGCUGAGACUUGGAAGGCCGUGAGUAGGGAAAUUUUGAGAGAGAGAGAACUUUUGGGUGUGUUGAAACUAGAUGUCUGCUUGACACCCCAGGAGAGCUGUGGAGAGGGGAGCUGCAGUGCUCUGUGUCUCCAGUGGAGACAGAAACGCUGGGGCCCCGGGGCUGCGUGAGCUAACCAGUGGAGCUAGUGUACAGGUAGAAGGAGAUGGCUGAGGAAGCAGGGCAGUGACCCCAGCAGCUGCCGGGUUUGGCUGUAUUUAAAUUGGAGGGAAACCAAAGGGUCUCUGGUGCUGAGCAGCUGUAGAACCUUGCUAGUGAAGGUGUGAAGUGCCAUAGAAUAAUUAAAGCUUCCUGUUGGACACUGCUUGCAAAGGCAAACCAAAAUGCGUGGUGGUAUUUAUAUUAUGGAAGGCAUGAUGCUACGAAGGAAAGGGGAUGGGAAGGUCACAGACAGGCACAGAACAGAGGGUCACAUGUUCCAGGUCCUCUCCAUGCUGUUCCUUGUUCCUUGUUCUACAUAGAAGCACUUGCUCCUGCUGGCCAUUAUAUGGCUCACACCUUUAAUCCCAGCAUUCUGGAGGCAGAGGUAGUUUUAUCUCUGAGUUCAAGGUCAGCCUGGUCUACAUAGUGAGUGCUAAUAUAUCCAAGACGAUAUAGUGAAACCCUGUAACAAACAAACAAAAAAUAGGCCUAGUUGUGUGGUUCUGCGAUCCCCUUUUUCUGCUUUAUUACACAUACUUUACAUAUCCAAGGAAGCCAGCCACAUUUUCUCCAGGGCCCAGUCUGGAGGCCUCACUCUGCAGCAGCCACAACCUCAUUCAUUUCAUUGCAUCCUAAAUGGACUCUUCUAGCUUGUAUGGAUACACAAUCAAGAUUCUGCCUGGGGCUAGAAUCCUUCUCUAAUGUCCCAUGAAGAAUGACACUCUGCACACGAGUGAUCUCAUCCAGGUGGCCUCAUUAAGACACACACACACACACACACACACACACACACUCUAUAAAGCCAAAAUCUGACUUGUAUGCAUUGACUAUAAUUGUGUUCUUUGGUGCUUUAUAGAAAAGGUCCAGUUCUCCGUAAUAUGGUAGUGCAUGCAUGUGUGAGGGUAUAUGGCACAUGUGUAUAGGUGCCCACAGAGGCCAGAUCCCCUGGAGCUGGAAGGAUGGGCUGUUACUGAGCUACUCAGCGGGUGCUGGGAGCCAGACUUGGGUGCUUAAAGGGUAGCGCAUGCUCCUCUCCACAGAGCUGUCUCUUCAGCCCCUGGCAAAUACUUCUUUUUCUGAGACCUUCUGCACAGUACUCUAUGAGAUCUGUAUGAUUUUAAUGUCUCCAGAGUCCUGUAUUAGGAAAAAUUCUCAAGCUUAAAUUAAUGCCUUUGGGGAUUGAGCUGGUAAAGAAAUGGGCAUGGAUUGGGCACAGUAAAAGCAGUGGAGGCCACACCCUUUAUCAAAUGAGUAUUUGCCUAAAAGCGGUCUGCUGUCUAAACUAGAGGGCACAGUGAUCAAGACAGCUAUUGCACUUUCCGGGAAUUCCAAGCAGGAACACCCUUCUGGCGCACAUGUGACAAGGGGUGCAGGCUCAUUCAUUGCCAUUGUAGUGGAAGAGCCACACAUGGCUAGUGUAUCACACGUGAAUUGACCAUUUCCGCCCUUUAUGGAGGUACAGCAAGGAAAGAUGGCUUGGUCACUGAGGAGCACGGCUUAUAAACUAAUGGUCACUUGUUGACCUGCUUUUUUUUUGUUUAUUUUUUUAAAAGAGGUAUGUGGUGGUGAUGCUUAAUUUCUCUUAAGAAAUUUUAAGACUGUUGAACCUGUUGGAGCAGUCUGUAAAGAUUGUUUAAGUGAGGGCUGGAGAGAUGGCUCAAGAGGUUAAGAGCACUGGCUGUUCUUCCAGAGGUCCUGAGUUCAAUUCCCAGCAACCACAUGUGGCUCCCAGCUACCUAUGAUGAGAUCUGGUGCCCUCUGCUGGUGUGCAGACACACAUGCAGGCAGAACAUCAUAUACAUAAUAAAGAAAUCUAAACAAAAAAAAAAAAAAAAAGAUUAAGUGAGUAGAAUUUCCCAGUUCACCACUUGGUUAUCUCUUCACCCACCCUACAAAUUUCCCUCCAACAUCUGUUUGUCAAAUGAAGAGCUGAAAUGUAGGCAUUACAUUUUCCUUUGCAGUGUGGACAGGUGGGCUGGUGCUGCUGAGUUCAGACUUCCCAGUGUGGCCCUCCACCCACUGCCAUGCUGGCCAGAUACCCCUCAAACCAUUGGUACUACCUGAUGAGUCAGGCCUCUGCUGCAACCUUUUGCUUCAUACUGUGGCUGCAGACCUGCACUUGACAGCUAUCGCAGAAUAGCUUCUUGAUGUACUACAAAGGAACCUGCUGCUAGGAUCACAGUCUGGCUUCUGGCCUUUGAAAUGUUACUUGCCAGUCAUUACCCUUUAGCUUUUUGACCUGUCGUUUAAUCUUAUCUGAGCCCUUCUGUUCCAAAGGUGUGUAGUUUAUGGUUUAAUGCAUGGGAGGAAAGGGCAGGCUCUUAGUUAUGUGGUGUUGGACAAAUUACCUGAGUGACCUGCUGCUGCUAAAAGAAAGGUUGCUCCUUGAGGGGUAGGGCCUGGAGAAAGGCCAAGGAUGCUGGGGAGCUUACCCUCCAUCCUUGCCCUCCUGAGGAACUGUUCUAUGACAAGCUGCCCCCAGAGGCAGGACUUCUUUACUAGCUAGGGUGAAAAGGAGGGUGUGAGGUAGUCCUUUGCCUGUAUGUGGCUGGCUGGGGCCUCUGUGUGACCCAGUCCUUAGAGGCUGAGACCUUGCCAAGAAGACCUUGGAGAUCAGGUGUGCCUCAACACAUCUGACCUACCUCCUGAAGCUGGUCCUUUACAGCCCCACCCCUCUGCUUUACGCUACUCACCCCUUGCUACUUGGAAGCUGUCUUAAUUACUUUUCUGUGUUGGUAAAGAGGCACCAAGACCAAGGCAGCUUAUAGAAGUUUAUUAGGGCCUUGCUUAGUUUCAGAGAGUAGAGUCUAUGACCGCCAUGGCAGCAGGCAGGCAGGGCAGGACACUGGAGCAGUAGUUCAGAGUACAUCUGAUCCACAAGGAGGAGGCAGAGCAAAGCAGCUAACUGGAGAGGACUCCUAAUCCUUCCCAAACAGUUCCCACCAACUGUGGACUAGUCACUCAAAUAUGGGGCCUUUGGGAGCCACCACAGAAGCUGUGCUCUGGACCAGCAGCAUGGGAGCUCGUCAGAAAUGCAGCAUUCUAACAAGACCCUCGAGAUCCCAUUAUCUCUGAGUACUGUGCACCUCCUAUUCAUUUCCUCACUUUGGGGCUAGACCCUUCCAGCAGUGCUAGCGGUUAGGAGAAAAUUCAGAAGAUAGAGCCCUCUUGAGCUAGCAUUACUUUAAAACUAAGGGGGGUGGGAUCAGUGAGGAAGCUUCAAAGGCAAGUCAAGGAAACAUUGGAGAAAGGCUCUGGGAAACCCUUGAUGAGCCACGAGAAACCGAAACAGUCUCAAGGAGCACAGAACACUGCAGUUCUUCACCCAAGAGAGGCAGGAAGGCUUUCACAAGAUGGCUGAAAGGGUCGGUCCUGUUAUUGGAGGCUGGGGGCUUCCCUCAUCUCUAAGUCUGACAAACAGCAUUCCUCUACAGUAAUUGGAGAAAGAUCCAUCUAGAAAAUGCUCCCAUCUGAGGUAAUCCUUUAAGAAGGUUUUCUCUCGAAUUAAUAGAAUCUGCCACUUGCCCUGAGUCUGGUUCCCUGGGGCUGGUGUCUCUCAAAGCUGAAAAUGGCAGCAGUGGAGUCACCAAUGGCCCAGGAGGUUUUAUGGCCUGGCACAGUUGAGGCUGGCACUCCGUACACUCAAAGCAGGGGUUGGGUGUGGCCAUGAGCAGCCAGAGGACAAGCCAGGCCACCUGCUCUUGUGUCUGUGGCUUUUAUUUAUGCAGUGCUGAUGGAACCCAGGGUCUCACAUCUAUUAGGCAAUUGCUCCAUCACCAGUUUGUGCCUUGAGUAUUUGUUUUGUAUCUGGAAACUUCACUUUGUUGAGUUCUAGCAGUUUUGGGGAGUGGAUUUUGUACUGAUUUCUAUAUUAAGGUCAUGACCUCUGCAGAUAGACUGCCUCCUCUCUACUGUUGACAGCUUUCCAUUUCUUUUUCUUGCCUAACUGUUCUAAGACUCAGUACAAUGCUGUAUGGGAGUGUGGAAAUGGGCAUACUUGUUCCUCUCAAUCAUAGAGGAAUGUCUUCCAACUUCUCAUUGAGUAUAUUAACCAGUGUGUCAUGUGUGAAUGAAGGUUCCCAGAAGGAAGCUGACCUUACCCUGAACCUUCUGAAAGCUGAUUAGCUAAUUAGAACUUCAACCAUUGUAGAGAGUUUGGAAUGUUGCAGGUUCAGAGCCUAAUUACAAUUUAUCUAAAUAAGCAUUCCUUGCCCACUUCUGUGUCUGACCUAAUAUCCUGUGAUUAACAGAUAAAACCCUUUGGAACCUAUUAACAAAACUCUAGUUUUCCCUAACUGGAAAAGCUAAGAAUGUCAUUAGAGGGCACCUGAAACACAGCAAGGCUCCCUGCUUUGCCAUAACCCCCUUCCUACUGUUCCCACCAAAGUGUUUGAAUAGUACUUUGACUGAUGACUGUUCUGUUAGUAUAAAAACUUACAACCUGG